AUGAACAAAAACGGAACAGCUAAAAUGAAUGAUAAUCAAAUAAGAGCCGAAGGUAGAAGGUUAUUUAAACGCUUCUAUAACAUUCCUGAUGGUGUUAAUCCUAAAACUCGUAGAAGUUAUUUAAAUGAAGCCAUAGAUGCAUAUGAAGGAUUUGACAUUUCAUCAGAAAGUGAGAGGUUAGCAAGAAUGUUAAACGUUAAUAUUGAUUUUUAUUAUUGUGACCCUCAACCAGAAGACGUAGACAUUAACAAGGUAGACUUUCCAUUAGUGGAAUCAAUAAUGAUAGAUCCAGAAUUUGAAACAGUAAAUAUUUUAUUAACACAGAGUCCAUGUGGAAAACUUCACGCUGACAGAAUAACAGACGUUGAAGCACUCACAGGAUAUAAAGUUUGCCCCUUUUGCAAAGAAGAAGUAUAUUCUAUCCGUGAUGAUCCAGAAAGGAAAAACCAAAGAAGAUUUUUAAAACAUUGUGAGAAAUGUAAAGAAAAUAAUGGAAGAUUAAUUCAAGACGUACAAUUGCAAAACACACAGCAAC